AUGCUCGCCAUCAGACCCAAUGGCAGCAUCUGCGCCCGUUGUGCCAUUCGGAAUCACAUUCUCGUCCUCCGCCAGUCCCGCAGUAGAAGCUCUUCCACCCGCCAGAAGAAUGACAAGUCCAGCAAAGUCCGCUUCCGCGCAUUCGACGACACAGAAUCCUCUAGACGUCAGGGACCACGAGGCGCUUUUGGCACUGGUCCCGGUGGAACCCUCAGGAAGCAUUACGGCAAGACGGGUCCCGCGGACUGGGGUCUCGAUGACGUUGCCAUCGAGAAGAGAAAGGCUGCGCAGUUUCGAGAGGCUUUGCGGGACAAAUUGAAGUCGAUCAAGGAGGAAGUGAAGGAUGCGCCGGUUCUGGAGCAGUUGGCGAAGGAUUCGAGGGAGAUGGGUGACAAGGAGCAGGGCUUCUCGAAAUUGUGGAACGAUUUCACGCAAAAGAUCUGCGAACUGGAUGCGCCAAAGGGAUGGGGGCUGAAUCCCGCAAAUGGGCAGGGAGAAUCCUUGUGGGAGGAUCUCCGCUCUGCCUUCCAGACAAGAGGACUCUCUGGACUGGAGGAUCGGAUCAAGUACGCGUUCUAUGCACACGUCACGGGCAGCAGAUUCACGGAGAGCGAUGUUAGGAAUCAGCAGGCGCUGGCGGAUUUGCGAUACCCGACGGAAUGGUAUCCGGCGACCCGAACACUCCACCGAACGAUACAUUUACACGUUGGGCCGACAAACUCUGGGAAGACGUAUCAAGCGCUGCAGCGAUUGGAGCAGGCGGAGAGUGGAGUCUAUGCUGGACCGCUCCGACUUCUGGCGCAUGAGGUCUAUUCCAGAAUGAAUGCGAAAGGGAAGCCGUGCGCUCUGAUUACCGGAGAGGAGAGGAGAUCGGCCGAACAGAAAGAGCGAGGGGAGGGCGAAGAUGCCGAAGAACAGAGUGAGCUUGCAGCGUGCACUGUGGAAAUGGUGCCUCUCAACAAGACGAUGGAUGUGGCUGUCAUCGAUGAAAUCCAAAUGAUUGGCAACUCGGAGCGAGGCUGGGCUUGGACGCAGGCUCUAUUGGGUGUGAAGGCGAAGGAGGUGCAUCUUUGUGGUGAAGAACGGACUGUGCCGCUCAUCCAAGAGCUUUGCGCGAGCCUUGGCGAGAAAUUGGAGAUACAUAGAUACGAACGUCUGAGUCCUUUGCAGAUGUCAGACCGAUCACUGGAUGGAGACUUGAGACGCCUGAGAAAGGGAGACUGUCUCGUCAGCUUCUCCGUCAUGGGUAUUCACGCGCUGCGUAGAGAGAUUGAAAAAGUGACUGGCAGGAAGGUGGCGACUGUCUACGGGAGUCUCCCACCCGAAACCAGAGCGCAACAGGCCCGACUUUUCAACGAUCCGAAUAACGAUUUCGACUUUCUGGUCGCGAGUGAUGCCGUCGGGAUGGGGUUGAACUUGGCUAUCAAACGGAUCAUCUUCGAGUCUUCCUCCAAAUUUGACGGCAUGUCUCGGCGUGCAUUGCCCAUCGCGGAUAUCAAGCAGAUUGCCGGGCGUGCGGGUCGUUUCCGCACGGCUCUCCAAGCUACUGAAGCACCCGCAUCACAGCAGAAUCUUGCCGCCGCGAAAGGUGAGAUUGCCGCAGAAGAGGCUGUUGCGAAUCAGGAUAAAAAGGAACGCGAGCUUCCAGAUAACCUUGGACUCAUCACCACGCUUGAACGCUUCGAUUUUCCCAUUGUGCGAGCUGCUAUGGGCGCCGAUCCGGAACCCAUCAAGACUGCGGGUCUCUUCCCUCCCGCUUCUGUGCUGGAACGCUUUGCCGGUUACUUUCCGCCCGGAACGCCAUUCAGCUAUAUCAUCACGAGAUUGCACGAGCUCAGCUCGACGCAAAAACGCUUUCAUCUGUGCGGCCUGAAGGAUCAAGUGUGGAUUGCUGACAUUGUCGAGCCGGUGCAGGGCCUCACAAUCGCAGACCGCAAUCUCAUCUGUUCAGUACCCUGCUCCAAAGCGGACAACGAUCUCUGGAAGAAACUCAUGCCCGCCCUCGCCCGCCGCAUUGCCGAGCAAUCCGAUGGUAACUUGGCCAAUAUCGAAGAGAUGCCACUUGAGGUUCUCGACAUGGAAGUGUCUGCUUCGAGAGAUUACCUCCGUGCGUUGGAACGUCUGCACAAGGGCAUUGUGGCGUAUCUGUGGUUGAGCUAUCGGUUUGCGGGGAUUUUCAACACGCGAGCACUGGCCUUUCACGCCAAGCAGAUGGUCGAACAGAGGAUUGCUGAUGUGCUGGAGAUGUUCUCUUUUACCGAGGCCAAGAGGCGGGACGCCGUGAAGAGGAGAGAACAGCAGAUUCUGGAGGACUUGUUGAUUGGGGAGAGGAACAGGGCUGAGCAGGAGGCGGCGGAGAAGGCGCAGGGAAAUGAAGGUGAGGUCGAUCGGGAUGGUGAGGAAGUAGAGGCGGAGAAGCACAUGGCUGAUAUGGCCGGCGAGGAUGUGUCUUGGGAGCGGUCUGACGAGGACGAAGAGUAUGAACAUGGGCAAGAGUCGGAGGGGAAGGAGACGGAGGACCUAUCGCAGCCACACAAAGAAGACGAAAAGUAUCAGUUAGGGCAGGAACUGGAGGGCAAGGAGGCGCAGCCUGAUCUUCUUCAAAACCUCGACGAUCAGACAAGCUUGACUGCUGGUGGUGACCACCUCUCAGGGGAUCAAGAUAUCCCACUCGAAGAGCCCGAAGUUGAAGAGCUUCGAAGUAGAGCGAACAUGCCCGAGGAAGACCAAACGCAGGAUGCAGUUCCUCGGCCGAAGGAGGAGAAGACGCUAUUCCUCAACUCUCAGCAAGCCCCAGGCAUCAUCGAUACACUUUUGGGAUCCAAGGAAGAAAAUGCGAGACCUUCGCAGCCACCUGAUAACUCGAACAUGGAUCACAGAUCUGCAUCUGACCACUCUGCUGGAAAGGAGCACCAAUCUUGGCCGUCUGCCGAGGCUGUUGAGGAAUUCUCAGGUCGGGCUGCCGAAGAUUAUCAAUCGAAGAAAUCGAAUGAAGCCGCUUCGGCUGGGUCGUAA